UUAACAUACAUCGACAAGACCUUACCCAAUACAGACGACCUGAAAAAAGACCUGACGAGGACAGAAAUCGACCAAGGACUGAAACGUUUUAAGAGGGGUAAAUCACCGGGGGAGGACGGCCUCCCUUUUGAGUUUUAUCUGACCUUUUGGGAUGUUUUAGCCGACGAACUUCUGACUGUUUUUACUGACUUCGAACACCUCGACAGACUACCCGACAGUUUUAGAGUGGGGAUCGUGACUCUUUUACAUAAGAAAAACGACAGGACGGACUUGAAAAACUGGAGACCGAUUACCCUUUUAAACUUUGAUUGUAAACUUUUUACCAAGGUUUUAACACUCAGAAUGUCUUCUGUUUUAGGGGAGGUGAUCCACCCGGACCAAACCUGUGCCGUGCCCGGAAGGAAGAUCACGGACAGCCUGAUACUGAUCCGAGAUGCCAUCUGUUAUGCGAGAGACAGAAACAUGCGGCUUGUAGUCCUAAAUUUAGAUUUUGAAAAAGCCUUUGAUCGGGUCUCGCACCAGUACCUCUUUAAGGUACUGCAAAAAAUGGGUUUCCCGGACAGGUUCUUAGCUUGGGUGGGACUGCUGUACGGGGACAUCACCAGCAAAAAUCCUUGUAAAUGGGCAUCUGUCAAAAGCAGUGGGAGUACACUGCGGCGUCCGUCAGGGCUGUCCGUUAUCUCCCCUUCUGUUCGUGGCCUGUAUUGAACCACUGGCACAGGUCUUGAGAAGGGACCAAGGGAUCAGUGGGGUGGGUAUCCCGGGGAGUGGGGGGAUGACCGCCAAGUGCGUCUUUUACAUGGACGACGUCAACAUUUUAUGUACCGACCUUUUAUCCGUCGACAGGACUCUGGACAGGACUGACUGGUACGGACGAGCCUCUGGGGCGAGACUGAACAGAGACAAGACAGAGGCCCAAUUCUUCGGACCGUGGGCAGACCCAGACUUGACCAGACUACCUCUGACAGUUAAACUGACGGACAUAAGGGUACUGGGGGUAAAGUUUGACCGGGGGGGAGGAGGGAGCGGUAACUGGAGCGGAAUCCUGGGGACGGAUCGGGAACCAGUGUGUCCAGUGCGCGGGCUCGCUAUAGGUGAGCCCACAACGGUUUGGCGCAACGUGGCCCAUCCUGCUCUCCUGAAUCGGCAUCGGGACCUGUCCUGGAUGGUCGCCCACGAGAUCCUCCCGGUCAGGGCCGUUAUGCACUCACGGGGCAUGGCGAGGACAUCCGCGUGCCCCCGACCAGGCUGCGGCCAAGAAGAGUCGGUGAGGCACAUGCUCUGGGAGUGCAGAGCCGCCAGGGACCUGUGGAAGGAAGCAGGCCCCCUGAUCACCUCGUGUCUGCCAGCAGGGGAGGACCUAACACCUCAGCUCGUGCUGUAUGGGGUGGGCCGAAGGCCCAUUCCAUCGAAGGCCUUCACCAAGCUCUGGCCCACCCUCACGUGCCUGAAGGAAGCACUGUGGUCCUCCCGUAACCUGCUGGUAGCGAAAAACGUAGAGACCACCCCCCAGGCAGUGGCCAUGGUAGCCACGGAAGCCCUGGGGUGGUACGGAAGGAAGGGGGCCUCGACCCCAGGCGAAGGGUCCCCCACAACACCCUAGGUCCCGGCGGCCACGGCCUGACAGCGCUGCGGCGCCUAGGGCGAUGUGCCUAGGGGAGGGAUCUCCUCUGGGCCCCGAAGGACGGGACGAUGAUCUAUUCAGAAGAGCAGGAUGAGGUGAGCUUGAUAAAGACUCACCCCCCUCCUGUACAAGGGACUGAAGACAGCCUUUUAACAAAGUGACUUUUUAACAUGGUUUUUCAUGUCUUAAAAAUGUUUUACCUUUGUUAGAUCAUUAGUACACAUUUUAAAUGGCUUUUACAGAUUUGAUGUUUUUACAAGGAAAGUACUUUUAUUCAUGGUUGUUUUCAUUAGUUUUAACAACAUGUACCUUUUAACAAAUUUAAAUGUAACUUUCAAAUGCUGUGUUUUAUGCUUUGUUGCCGUUUUUAUGUGUAUCAAUGAUGUAAAAAAUGUAUGAGCUGUUUUUAAAGGAAAUGUAUCAAUAAAACUUUUCCAAAAG